AUGCUCAUUUGUAAGCAGUCAGCUCGCACUAUCUGCGAUAUUCCAAGUUGUUUAUGGCAUAAUUAUCUUUUGAGAGGAGCUCAUGAAGUCAGCCCUGAUGCGGAUGAUCUGGAGGUACUUGAGCUAUUGAAUAAUCGCAAAUCUCGCCAUCAAGGGCGACUAACUCCACGCGGUCUUGAAACAGAUGAUCACUCUGCUGUUGAUAUGGAUAUGUCUCGUCCAUCUUCUUCAGCGGUUCCAUCUCAUCGUACUCGAAAUGGGCAUCUACAUUUACAACCAGAGGAUCUUACGAUGUCUGAUGACGAUGAAUCAUAUCCAAUACAUGAUCAAGAUGAUAUCGAAUGCUCAGAUAGAAAUAUGCUUCGUAACAAUCUUCCGCUGAUACCUACAGAAUGUGGAAGUGUCACUGAAGCUCUUCAUAAUUUCGUCGUUGUUUUUGAAUCUAGGUAG